CUUUAUACAGUCAUCCUAAGCAUUUUGUUUCCAAGAGAAUUGUGUAUCCACUUUGGAGAUUAAAAUGCCUAAGUUUCAAGUUAGAAUUUUUUGUAUAGCCAUGCCUUGUCUGCAUUUCACAUGAAAAAGUUGCAGUCAAGAGAGGUCUGUCCAAAAGGAGUGUGUAUGGACUGAGUCGUACCAGCCAUAUCCUUAAAACGGUAUUGGUUUUACGGAGGCUAACACUUUCGUGAUGGGUCGGAAAAAGAAGAGUUUACAUGACUAUGCUGCAGAAUUCACUGAUCUGACAGUGAAAAGACAUUUAAUUGAGCAUAAGGAUUCUGGGCAAACUUCAUGGGUAGAAACACUGUAUUGUAAAUCAUGUGAGAUACCCAUGCGUGUCAGGAGAGAUCGAAUACUGGAACACCUGGCCUCUGGAAGGCACUAUAGAAACCGGAGACUCAUUAAGCAGCAUGGCAGCAGGGCCCCACUUCUCUUAUCUACAGGUGGAGAUUUUGGAACAUCCCUUCCAAUGGCGCUGGACUUCUCUUCUCAGCCUUCAUUUCUUCUUCCGACAAAUCAAUGCACUACUAGCAACUCAGCUCAAAGCAACUCAAAUAUAAUAUCUUCUCCAUCGUCAUACCGUCAUCCACCCUUGCUGUCAGUUCACCCAAACACCAUCAGUUCUACUUCAAAUGUUAAUUUGGUUAGGGAAGACCAAACACCUUCUACCUCUUCCACUCACCCAUCAUUUGUCUCCAUCCAUGUCCGAAAUCCAUCAGUGUCUUCAAAGCACACCAAUCACAGGCACAUAAUUUCUGAAGCCUCCAGUAGUGUUCUCCCUGGAGGGCUGUAUAAUAACAACCGUUCUCAAGAACACCCCAUUGGCCUAGCAGUGAUUGAUGUUGGCAAUGCCAGCAAGGCACUGCUGCAAAGUUUGACAGAAGAAAAUGGAUGCUGCCUGUAUUACAUUGUGGAAGACCAGUUGUCAGAAGUGGAGAGAGCAUUUAGUAGUGAAUUAUUAACAAAGACCAGGAUAUUGCAAGAGCAAUAUGUGGACAUUGUUUUCAGUGACCAUAGGGUGUUGGGAGUUGUGAUUUGUUCGCCUCCUGAAGUAGCAGCUGUGAUGGUGUUGGAGAGCCUGAGGGCAGGGAAAGCCGUACUUUGCGAAAAACUUUUGAGUUCUAACAGACAAACAGCAGAAGCGUGCUUUGAUGAAGCAGACCGAUAUGGCAAUCCCCUGGUCUGUGGCUUCUACAAGCGUUUUGACCCAGCGUUGAAGUUCCUGUAUAAGAAAGUCCACAGUGGCAACUCACUUGGAAGAAUUCAGAGAAUAUCAUGUGUUAGCCGGACAUAUCCCCCUGCUUCACUCAGCAAGCUUAAAAUGUCAGGUGGAAUUUUCUAUAAUGCUGCCUUACUUGAUAUUGAUACUGCCAGCUGGUUACUGGGAGAGAGCGCUCCGGAUACAAUAUUCUCUCUAGGACAUGCUUUCUGUCAAGAGGUGGCAGCGAUGAAGGAUGCAGACACUGUAACCAUCAGUAUGAAGUUUGCCAGUGGAACCAUUGUCAGUUUAGACAUUAGCCAGCACUGCACAAAAGCUUGUGACCAGAGAAUAGAGCUGUAUGGUUCCCAAGGUUCUCUACGUGUAGACAAUCAAAACCCACUGGGCAUUGUCGAGAAUGGCACAACAUUCCCAUCUGCUCAAACACAGGAUGAAAGAUACAAGGAUGCAUACAAAGAACUUUUCCGCCAUUUUCUUAGAACCAUUAAGGGGAAGGAGCAGCCAGUUAUCACUAAAGAGCAGUACAUUUGUGCCCUACAGGUAGCGGCAGCUGCAGAGCAAUCCUUCCAGAAUGGCUCCGCUGUGGAUCUACGCAGCGAAGUGGUAGAUGUUUCAAUCAUAAAGACGGAGAUUGUGUGAGCCAGUAGCAGUAUGUGCAAAGAAUUCUUGGUGGUUUCACCUUCGUGUGACCAUUAACGUUCUUCGUGUGGUGACCUCCAGUCAUUACAUCUGCUAAGCAGUGUUAAUACAAGCCUACCGUAAUAAUCAAUAUCUCCUUUGUUAGAGCAGUAUAAACCAUUCUUUGCCGCAAUUUCUUAGGUUCUUCAGUGGGAAUCUAAUGAUGGUCUUCCUGCCCAGAUGUUUUGUUACUGCCCUAUUCUAAUCUCUGGUGUAUUAUUGUUCUUUAAACUUGAAACUUUUUGCAUAAGUAGUGAAGAAAAUUGGGUGGCUACCUUUAGGACAUCUAAGGGAAGUAGCAGAAUUCACAAUUCCUAAAAUACACUCUAUCCAAGCUUCCACCUCAUCUCUAUGAUUAGCAACACAGGACCAGUGACAAGGAAUCAAUUUUACAUUUUUAAUUUAGUUUUGCCAGCUUGCGUUCCUCUCACUGCCUGUACACAUUGUAUAUUAGAAGGAAUCGGUCAUGUACUGAGCACCAUUUGAGAAAUCAAAUACUCAAACAUAGUUUGUUUAUUUGGAACAGCUCAAUGACAAUAAUUUACCAUGCUGUUCAGACACAAGUUGAAUUGUCUCUUACAGAGGUGUAUAGUCAAUCAUUUAAGGGCAUUACACCGUAUGCACUUAAUAUACACUUGUAUGUUAAUGUAUUCUCUGAAAUAUGUUUUAAGAAAAAUGAAAGGGAGUGUA